GUUGGUGCAGUGCGCCUGCGCACCGGGCGCGACACCCCCAACCGAACAGUCGGCGGCUGACGGUUCGGCCCUAAGAAAGUGUGUGGCGAGCGGAGGAGCGCCGUCGGUUUGAGAGGGAAAGGAGAGGCCGACGGUUCUUUUGGUUGGUGGGUGGGUGGGUGGCACCGCCUGCGCUAAUAACCUGCCUGUAGCGCCCGGGACGAACAAAGGGCAGGGUCCGGAGCGGUGGGCUGAGGCUUCAUGGAGCUCCCGCUCCUUCCUCCGUUGCGGACGCUCGCCUGCCGUUGGGAAAGCUCUGUGGAGGCUACGUGCGUGGAAGGGCUCCGCCUCGGGAGCCAGGCAGAAGCCUGAGAUUGACCGCCGGCUGCUAAGCCUCCGGGGCGAUCGAGAGAGCGACGUUCAACGGCCUCCCGCGCGCUAAUUGCAGCAACCCCCAGCAGCCUGGAGGAGGUGGCGGCGGCCGCCACGACGACCAGGGGCUUGGAGCAGAACGGCGUCGCUAAAUCCUAGUGGCCCUUUCGCCUUCCCCUCCGUGUUCUUCUCCUGCUUCCCUCUCCCAACGCCCGUUUUCGUCUUUCGCCUUUCCCGGGGGAAAAAAACCAAAGCUCUGUCCGAGGAGCUGUUGCCAUCGGCUGCGCUUCUUGGCCCCAGGCUUGAAGGGACUGUGAUUCUGGGGGAAGCCCCAAGAGAGGCACUAAGGCAGGCCGGAAGGGGAGCUCCUUUGGGCCAUCCAAAGGGAAAGACUGCUUGGCCUUCGCUCCAAACGGCGGGGAUACGAAUAUUUCUCCUCUCUGCCCGUGAAUAAACUGGCUCCAUAGCCUAACCUAAACUGUAUCGCUUAGAUUACAACAGCUCCGAGUUUAUUGGAUGUGAUUUGUUUCGCUUUUUUUUUUAACCGUGGCAAUUUUUUUCUCUCUUCCACCAUUUUAAGUUUUCGACGGUAUUGAAGUGGGGUGACUUGAUGGAGAGAUAUACGAGGUUACUUUUUGACUUCAUUUGAUUGUGGAGCAGAUUGAUAUGACUAGGUGCCCCUAAUAAAGGCGAGCAUCUCAUCUAGAAGAAUUUUUAACAGUAAAAUAGUGAUUUUUUAAAAGCUGAAAAUGAUUCUGAAUUGGAUUUUGCCUUACUGGAGCUACUUAUCCUCUGUGCCCAUUUUGGUCCUGUUUAACUGUUACCCACUCCGAGCUAGUGCAGAUAAUUCCAAUCUAAUAUAUUAUACAGCUCUCAUAAAUGUCACUGUGUUGAAUCCUGAUCGUUCAACAUCUGCUUCAAUAACGCUUGAACGUGCACGCUAUGGGCAAACUUCUCCCAAAAUAGGUGUCAAAGGCCUACUUCUGGCACCUUUGCCAAUCAAUGGAGUUCCAGAUCGUUUAGGAUGUGACCCACGAACACGGUUUCAAGUUCCUCCAAAUACAAAGCAGUGGAUUGCUCUAUUGCAGCGAGGAAAUUGUACAUUUAAACAAAAAAUUCUGCGAGCGGCUUCACAUAAUGCUUCAGCUGUGGUAAUUUACAACAAUGUAUCUGGCAAUGAGCCUGUUACCAUGACUCAUCAAGGAACUGGAGACAUUGUUACGGUCAUGAUCACUGAAAUGAAGGUUAAAGAAAUCUUGAAUUAUUUAGAAAAAAAUAUGUCGGUCCUAAUUGCAAUAGCCGUGGGAACACGCCAUCCAAGCAAAAACGUUAAUCGAAGUUCCCUUGUCUUUGUAUCCGUAUCAUUUAUAGUUUUGAUGAUAAUUUCUUCAGCAUGGCUAAUAUUUUAUUUCAUUCAGAAGAUCAGAUAUACCAGUGCACGUGAUCGAAACCAGCGUCGUCUUGGAGAUGCUGCCAAAAAAGCUGUUGGUAAACUAACAGCAAGAACUGUAAAGAAAGGUGAUAAGGAAACAGAUCCAGACUUUGAUCACUGUGCUGUUUGCAUUGAAAGCUAUAAGCAAAAUGAUGUUGUACGCAUUCUACCAUGCAAGCAUGUUUUUCAUAAAACCUGUGUAGACCCAUGGCUAAGUGAGCACUGUACCUGUCCUAUGUGUAAACUGAAUAUUUUGAAGGCCUUGGGAAUUGUGACAAAUGUACCAUGUGCUGACAAUAUGGCCUUUGACAUGGAAAGACUAACCAGAGGCCAGCUAGGUAACAGGGGAUCAGUACCUGGUGACCUUAGCAGUGACAGCUCACUCACUCUUGAGCCCCUACGUACUUCUGGUAUAUCACAAUUUCCGCAGGAUGGAGAGCUGACUCCAAGGACAGGCGAGAUCAACAUUGCUGUAACUAGUGGCCAUUUUUUCCACCGUAAUUCUCUCUCCCCUCGGAGCCUGGUCUAUGAGAAUGAUUUCUCUUCGAUCGAGCCUGUCUUGGACAUCUACGAUGAGAACAAGACCUGAAAGGGAAUCUGCAUUCUUCUUGCUUUGCUCUCUUUCCCUUUCCCUUUUCCGUUUCUCAUUCCUAUUGUUGUGUACUCCUUCCAUGGAUGUCCUUUGUCUGAAGAAGAGCUGCCUUUUUCCAGAACUUGUGCCUGGCUGCCAGGCUGCAAAGGUGAAGCUCAGCUGAGGCAAUAUCUGAGGAUGACGUCUCUGAACAGAUGAAGUAUGUGCACAAGGUCGGCUGUUGGAGGUUGCCGAGUUGACAGAAUUACCAUUAGCAAUGCCAACAUGAUGGUGUCAGUAUGCUAGAGAUUUUGCCCUACUCCGUUUUAAUUUUGUACAACAGUCCUGUUUCUUGAGUAGGCACGUGAUAGUUCUCUUAUUUUCCAAACCAAUAAAUUACCAUGUUUGCAGCUUACUUGCCUGAUGCAGGAGCUGAUAGGCUAACUGCCCAAAGUUACUUUUAAUUUUGUCCUUAAUCUCACAUUGAACACUUCUAUUCCAAAGGGAUAUAUAUAUAUAUAUAUAUAUAUAUAUAUAUAUAUAUAUAUAUAUAUAUAUAUAUAUAUAUAUAUAUAUAUAUAUAUAUAUAUAUAUAUAUAUUGCUGUUUAACAAAAGAAACUAUCACAACAGCAGAUUGCAACCUAUGACAUUUUCCUGGAUUUGGAGGAUUUUUUUCACAUCCUAUUAUUGUGGCUAAAUGGCCAGAAGUUGCUUGGUGAGAAAGGAACAACAGACACAGAAAGUGACAUUUUUACAGCCUUUUACUGACUUUCAAGGAUUCCGUUGAGAUUUAUAAACCCAAUCUUUGAGCGUGACAUGAUUAAGACUUCUUAAGAAGAAUCCAGGAAUCACAAAUAUAUAUUAUUGCUUGAUUUUUAAGAUAUGUGUUCUUUUUUCACUCAGAUUUUUAAGAAGCCAAUAAUGUUGGUGUUAUAUACUAAAAAAAAAAAAAAAAUCUGGAAGCUUCCUUCCUACAUGUUUUUACUUGAGGUAACUGUAUUCGCAAAGCAACACUUUUCUGAAGCUAAUUCUGUUCCUGAGGAGAUCACUAUUGUGAAGCACGUGAGGAAGACAGGCAGCUGGGGCAUUAAAUGCUGGAGGAAAUCAGUUUUGAUUAGAAUGGUGAGACACGGUAAAAAAAAAAAAAGUAUUUUGAUGCAAAAACAGACAGGUAAAAGGACAAAAACAAUCAUGUUUUUAAAGCAGCCAAAAUGCUGCUUCAGCAAAAAAAAAAAAAAAAAAGGAGAUUUGAACUAUGUUAUGGCUCCUUAGUGUUCCUGUUGAGGAAGCUCUGUAAAAUAAGUGACAAUGUCAUUUUUUCCCAUUGUAAAUUUGAGGUCUCUCUAUAUAAAAAUAUAUAGAGAAAACAAGCUUGAUUCUAUAUGACGCUUGAUUGAUGAAAAAAAAACCAAACUACUAGAAAGGUAAGAUAUGUUAUGUAUGUGACUUGUCGCGUAGACAGCUUAAGCUGUAAAUGAAGAGACAUUAUUGGGGGGGGGGGGUGUUCCUACAAAGGUUAGGCUUUCAAAAUCAUUACUUCUGCCCUGGAAUGUAGUCAUGCUGAAACUUCAAUGCAAAAAAUGUGAAAUUAGCUCUGGACUCUUUGCUAGGUGGAAUGCUUAGCCAGUGUUAUUAGGAGGGCCAUUCUAUAGAGCUGAUCAUUCUUGAAUGGUUGAUAUAUAGAGUUUUUAAAAUGUAGCACUGGCAGCAUGGACAUAUAUGUGUGUGUAUGUGCCAGGCAAGUUUCAAUAUACUCCAUUAGCCAUUAAAAAAACCCCUCGGAACAUAAUUCUUUUAGAAGCACAGUUUUGACGUAUUAUGAAUUAAAAUUGAAAUGGUUAGGGUGGAGUUUAAUAGUAUUGAGGACAGGUGUAAGACUAUUGUGAUAUUACUUGAAUAGACAGACAGAAAAGCCCUGCACUUUUUUUUCUUUUCACACUGCCAGUAUCCUGUAGUUAUAUUUAUCUAUCAAUAGGAGACAGUGUUAUCUUAUGUGAAGUGCUCUCUUUUGGAAAAGUGUGUAGUGCAUAGCUGCAGUUGUGAUAAUUCUAAAAAAAUUCAGCACCUUUCCUAUUCAUUAUAAAUCUACAAUUAUUGAUUACCAACACCAUUGGCAUACCUUAUAUUUUUAAUAUAAACCUAUUUUUAACCCAAUGUUGACCAUGUGGAGACCCGACCUGAAUUAUUAUGAUACGUUAAAAUCUUAAUAGUCAUUGAGACUUUAAUAAGAUUGGUGGGAUAGUUAAAAUUAUGUUAUCGGAAUAGCUCCACACAGUUUACUCAUCCCUGAAAAUACAUAUAUAUCUUUGGAAACAACCACAUAUAAGGAACUUUAAGAAAAAGAGGAAUCCAGAAUUUUUCCCAUUUCAAUUUCAUUAACUAUUGAGGAGAUUUAGGUAUAACUAAUAUAUUUUUGAUUGGGACAAGGCAGCAUUUUUUUAAAAGGAGGAGGCCAUUUGACUGUAUGAAUUGUAAAUUGGAAAAUGAGUUUUUAACAGAUAUGGAAAUUUUCUAUAUCCCACGAAGGAUGUAGGAUUUAACUUUUAUGCUGGAAUCACCCUAUAUGAAUAAGUACUAGAGCAAUUAUGGUUUGGGCUACUAUCUAAUCUCAUAAUCCCCAAUUGUGUAUGUGUGCAAUUUACUCCAUGAAUUGAACUUUUACCUGACAUAUGCCAGAUAAUACCAAAACACAAUCUCAUCUCUAUUGUCAUUGGCAUGUUGGGAUCUUGGAGCAUAAAAGUCCUUUCCAGGCUUAGAUCUGAGACCUUCUGAAACUGGAAAUACUAGGGACAGAGUUUGCAUGCAAGGACCUUUGCUUUAACACUAAACUCUAAUUCUGCCUGGUUUCUUUUGCAGAUAGUUAGGCUAUAGAGAUCACUACGAGUUGCAGCUAGUUUUCCAAUCAUGAAUACUUCGACUGUUGCCCAAGUCAUUAAAAGCAGCAUUAUCUGGAACGGAAAGUUUUAAGAUUAAGACGUGAAAUAUUUAAUAAUUGACAGUUGCCUGUCAACUCAUUUUGGUCAAGAUUUAUAAUACAGAUGUUUUCAUAUCCUGAGAUUUGGCGUAUAUAUUUAUUUAUUAAAUUUAUUGGCCAUCUUAUCACAGGGUAACUCUGGCUUACAAUAUUAAAUUGAUAAAACUAUAUAAAUAAAAUGCUACAAUACAGAAAUGCAAAAUACAAUAUAUAGCCCUAGCUAAAAGAUGGUAUGGGAGGGAGUAGGAUGAGAGGGGUGUGUGUGGGAUCUAUUAUAUGUGACACAUAAAGUAUUGUUUCCUGAAGGAGUUUUAUCACUGUAACAAAAAAGCUGCCAUGUGUUUUGUUUUACAGGCAGUGCAAUACACUUGUCUAAUCAAGUGAACAAGAGUUCUUAGCCCAGCUUCAAAUUCUUGGAAAGUAGUUUAUGGAUAUUUGAGCAUAAGUACUUGUUACUCCUAGGUUAUGCUAUUAGAAAUUGAAAAAAGGGUUUCAAAAAGAUUGGUUAACUGCUAGACAUUAUGCUGUUGUGAUAACUACAUGGACACUUUCAGAAAAUAUUGCAGUAAAUGUAGCACUUAGUUAUACUAAUACAAUAGUCUGAAUUUCGUAAUGUUCCUAAACUACACAAUUGUCAAGAGCAACCCCAAGAAGACCCAUUGCCUGAGGCCUACUCCUCUGGUCUCCACCAUCCAGGUGCUUUCCCUGGCAGUAUUAACACCACCCCUCCUCCUCUAGCUGGACACUCAAUAGAUGUUGCUCAGAGGGCAUUCCCAAAGUGGACUGCUUAUUCUGAAGGACCAUGCCCUUAGGCCCAAUGAUACUGCUGCUUUGAGGACAGAUAAGUAGCAGCAGAUGGAAACCUGAACUACCUCUUCUUCCAGUCUGCUGCUUUCCUAACUGGAGUGCAGCAGUGAGGAAGGCAGAGGCCUAGAAAUGCUGGUGCACAGCAGAAGCAUGUAACCUUUUUCUGGCCAAGGACUGAAACUGACGUUUGAAUGGCAUGCUGAAACCUACCCUGCAGGAACUAGAUGGCAGUUGGGUAAUUUAAAUUUGAAUUAAUAUAAUUUAAAUUAAUUAAUUGAAGGUGAUUGCAUCCCAAAGUCUGAUGCCUGCCUGAAAUAUAUGAUGUAGUAUUACCAUACAAAUAGUGUUUCAAUCCAUAAUAACUUUGCAUUUCCUCUUUUUUGCACUAUGAAAGUAUAUGGUACCACUGAUGUUAUAGCAAAUUGUGGGUAUCUUCUCAUGUUGACCAAGGAACACAGAUUUUCAACUUACUCAACAUAUGCAAAAACUAUUUUGUGCAGAGUUCACAUAAGUUCACCCAACCUGCAUCCCGUGAUUUUCCUGGGCAUCUCUCUGAAGCUCCUUUUCCAUUUUAUAUGGAUGGCCAAGAGAAAGGGUAAUAUGCCUUUUCUUGUGGGUAUUGCCAGGCCUUCCACAAAGCUUUUUUACAGUAACAGAAAGGGACUUUUUAUUAAGAAAGCUAAUUUCAUAUGUUAAUUUCCAGAAGGGUGAUUCAAAUCAUUGUAAUUUAACAACCUGAAGAGAAUAUCAUCAAUAUAAAAUGAUGACAGCUUCUGAGGAAUGUAAAAAAGAAUAUUAACCAUACAUCCCAAAUAUUUAUAUACAAUAAAAAUACAUUCUGCAUACUAGAUAUUUGAAACUGCAAUUCCUAUGAUAUCUUAUUUCUCCCGUUAGCUAGUGCUGAUGGACGUUAAAGCUGAACUAUGUGGAGGGGCAUCUGUCUAGUUUAUUUUGCUGGAAUUCUCCAUGUGCCCCUCUUAAGUAUAUGGUAGAAAAUUGAAAUAAAGUAAGAUUUAUGAUUAAUUCAUAUUGAAUAAAUGCAAUUAUAGCCUAGCCUUCAUAAAUUGCUCCUAAUUACAAUUUUCAAAAAUGUAGAGGAAUCAAUUUUUCUCUAUUCAGAAAUAGAUUGUUGUACCCAAAAGCAAAGGAAAACGUUGAAAUAUAAUAGGUAAAUCAGUUGUUCCAGCCACAUGUUUUUAUAUAGUAAAAUGAAAGCUUAAAAGUUUCAAGCCAAGUGGCAUAGGAAACCAUGGCUAUAACCACACUACAGAAUAUCUGCUUAUGUUAUUUUUAUUAUCAUGCUUUCCCCAAAAGUAUUCUGACAAAUACUGUGCAGCAAAUGCUAAGAAUUUAAUUAGCAAUCUCUAUUGCUUUCCUAGUCAUCAACACUCAGCUUUAUAUCAAAAACAGAAUGGUGGUGCGGUCUAACU